AUGAUGACGCGAGUUAUUGAAAGGGAACGACCAAAGUGUGAACAAUACUGGCCGUCCAGAGGGACAGUCACCUAUUCCGGCAUAGCCGUGACGCAUCUUGAGACGACAGAAUUGGCACAUUAUGUGAUUCGAGUAUUUGAACUUCAAAAAGCCGGAUCGCCAGAACUUAGGGAGGUGAGACAAUUGCAGUUCACCAGCUGGCCCGAUCAUGGUGUGCCCACACAUCCCACAACCUUGUUGAUGUUUCUCAGACGUGUGAAUGCUGUGAAUCCACCAGAGGCUGGCCCCAUCAUUGUCCAUUGCUCCGCCGGUGUCGGCCGAACAGGUAUGCAUCGUGCGUCACAUUGA